AUGUCAAGCCUAGCCGUGUCGGCGCCGCUCGGAGCGGCGGGUGUUCCAUCUCCCGAGAGGGCUGCUCGCUCGAAGUUCAACUUGACGUAUGAGGUGAAGGUACUCAUAGCGGCGCUUUUCAUCGCGAUCAUCCUGGGAGUCGCCUUCUUCCUGCAGCCGAAAUCAAAGCGGCAGCUCGAGAGGUUUUGUACUACGACCGGCUGCGAGGAGCAUCGGCGCCGCCUAGAAAAUCAGCUGGACCAAAGCGUGGACCCUUGUGACGAUUUCUACGCUUACGUCUGCGGACGCUGGGAGCCUCGCAAAGAGUUUCACCUGUCACGCUCCGAGCUGUCCGACAUGUUCCUGUCGUGGCUAUACAAGCUUCCAGCGACGCUGGAAAAAGGUGUAGUCCAAUUCCCCGUGGGCAAGAAAGUCGCAGCCAUGUUCGAAAGGUGCAGGACGCAGAAGGGGUCACAGGUCGGCAUCAUAAAAGGAUUCAUGCGGUCACGAGGAAUCGUCUGGCCGGAGAGCCCAGAAGAACCAGUUCCUCCGGCGAAGGCUCUUUUCGAUCUCUCUUUCAACUGGAACGUACACCUGUGGUUCACCUUGAAGGUUCUCCCUGCUAUUCCCACUAAGAUGCCAAGGCGUAUCUUCCUUGCGCCCAACCAACUUAUGCUGCUUUGGAAGGCUAUGAUUAACCAGAUACCGAAGCAAUCCUUCCAAAGGGUAUACACCGACCUCUUCAAGAUUUUUGCCGACGACAAGAGCAGGAAGCCCGAAACCAACGAUGCGUUCCAGACGCACGAUAUUCUUGAAUACGUCUAUGACACCCUUGUGCCGUCAUGCCCUUGUAAAUCACACACUCCAGGGUUGUUCUCCUUGAGUGACAUUGACAAGAGCUCACCUAUUCCCAUUGGCGAGCACAUUAUGAAUAUAUCCAAUGAGGUGCUGGGAAUUUAUCCGCCGUUCACAAUGGACGACUUGGUGCUCGUGAGCGACAUGUCCCACUUUGAUAAUAUCCUGCGCAUAUUCGGCCGAGUCAACGACACCACGCUGUUGCGUCACCUGGCGUUCCUGUUCGCACAGGUAUAUGCGGUGGUGGCUUACCCCACGGGCGUUCUCGUCGUCGUCCACGGUAGCGAGCACCGCGCCGAAGAAGAACGGCCCCGCUUCUGCGCCGGCCAGAUCGAGCCAAGCUACAAGCUCCUCGUCGCCGCAAUGACUUCGGUAGCCCACUUCUCCGAGCAGGAACGGCGCCGAAUCGACGAGCAGCUGGAGGGCAUCGUGCAGGUGGCCGUGGACAAAACGUGGGCUGUCUCGUGGCUCGACAACAAGACCAAGCAAGUUGCCACGCAGAAGCUGAAAAAUGUGCGCACCGUGGUUUGGCCCUCGGACAAGUUCCUCACUCCGGAGGUACUCGAGGAAGUUUACGCGGACUUCAACGGCAGCGCUUCGUCGUUCGCCGAUUUCUGGAUCGACACGCGGCGCAGCCAGCGCCUGCUGUUCGGCUCCGAGGCGGCCGAACAGGAGCUGCUGCUGGGCGACAACACUCGGCUGCCGUACGUGGAGUACAUCCGGGUGCUCAACCGGCUGUCCGUCUCCCUUGGAGCACUGGCAGCGCCGCUCUACUACCCGCAGGGCACCAAGGCCAUGUUGCACGGCGGCGUCUUGUUUCUGUACGCUCGGGCACUCAUCAGUGCGAUCGACAAUGAAGGAGUCGUGAUAAACCCGCAAGGCGAGAUCGUGUCAUCUUGGCUGAACGAGGACCUGCAGGAGACCUACGAGCAGCGUACUCUUGGCUGCCUUCCCGGAAACGUCAGCAUUUUCCCCGAGAUUCCGGCGAUGGAAGUUGCGUACGAAGCUUUCAAGCGAAGUUUCGAAGAUAACGAUACCCAGCUAUCAGAGGAUUUGACGGAGGAAAAAGUGUUCUUCAUCACCGCGUGUCUCUCCACGUGCGCUACGACGCCCGCCGACAACCUUUACGGCGGCGACUGCAAUAAGGCGGUGGUGAACUUCGAGCCCUUCGCCAGGGCCUUCAAUUGUCCUGUGGGCUCCAAGAUGAACCCUGCGACAAAGUGUUCAUUUUACGACUGA